AUGGCAAAGAAGCGAGCGAGAGAAGCCGACGGUGCCGCCGAGGCGCCCAACAAGAUGGUCGAAGAUAGCGACAGCUUUGACGAUGACGAUUUCGAUAUGGUCAAUGUUGACUUCGAAUGGUUCAACUUCGACCCAGAAAUCGACUUUCACGGCACGAAAUCCCUUUUGCGACAACUCUUUGAUGUAGACGCGACUCUCUUCGACAUCUCGGGACUGGCCGAUCUAAUCCUGUCGCAACCGACAAUUGGGUCGACAGUCAAGGUCGACGGCAAGGAGGCGGAUGCGUAUGCUUUCCUCACUGCGCUCAAUCUGUACGAACACCGCGAAAAGAAGCAGAUCGCCGAUCUCACCAGGUAUAUCUGCGAAAAAGCUAAGACGAAUAAAGCUCUAGCGGGACUCCCAGAUUUAAUAUCUUCUGGAAAACAUGUAGGGCUGGUGCUCUCGGAGCGCUUGAUCAAUAUGCCCUCCGAGAUUUCGCCGCCCAUGUACAACAUGCUCAUUGACGAGGUCGAGGCGGCCGUGGAGGACAAAGAGCCCUACGAGUUCUCGCACUAUCUCAUCAUUUCCAAGACAUACCAUGAGAUCGAGUCGACACUCGACGUUGAGGAGAGGAAACGUAAGAAAGGAAAGCAAGAUGCGACAAUGUUCUACUUCCAUCCGGAAGACGAGGUAUUGCAAAAGCACGCAGUAGCUAGCGGCAGCUACGAUUAUACUAAGAUCGACGAGGCCAUCGCAGAUAGCAAGCGAGCUUUCCAGGAGAUGGGUGUCAUGCCCCGUGGCUUCAUGAUAUUAAUCGAAGCUAGUAAAUUCGCAGAUGCCGCGAAGGCUAUAGGGGAGUAUAUAAGUCCUCCGUCUUGA